AUGUCGUCGCUUUCGCUGAAGUCUCCGUCGCCGCUCUGUACACCCAAGCUCGACGAGAUUUAUCUCCGCUCCGCUGACUCGCGACGGUCCUCGGGCUCGCAAUCGCCGCUUCGCGAGCCGCCCUCGCCGUUGCCGAUGGCUUCGCCUCGGCCCGGGGCGUCCCUCGCGACCGCCGACCGGCGCGGCGUGCACGCGCUGGAGCGUUUGGGCGAGGCGCUCGACGCGGCGCUCUCCACCGGAGUCGCCUUUGUCCUCUUGCUGUGGGCAAAGCGGAGCGUCUUCUAUGAAGUGCUGAUCCGAGUGGUGAGGCUCCUUCUCUUUGUCGCCCUGCUCAUCCCCGGGUGGAUCCCGGCGACGGCGCACUACCUCUACGGCGCCGGCGUCAGCCGCGGCGUGCGGUACGGCCCCUCCUCCCGCCACAAGCUCGACGUCUAUUCGCCGGUUGCCGCGGUGCACCCGCCUCCUCCGGACGGCUUUCCGACGGUGCUCUUUGUGUGCGGCGGCGCGUGGAUGAUUGGGUACCGCAUGUGGGCCUUCCUGUUUGGGUGGGUGCUGCAGCGCAACGGCGUGCUCUGCCUGGCGAUCGACUACCGCAACUGGCCCCAAGCGACCAUGCCGGAGAUGGUUGCCGACGUCGAGCGCGCGCUGCGCUGGGCGCAGGCCAACGCGGCGUCGCUGGGUGGCGACGUGCACGGGCGCGUCCGCCGCUCGUAG